UCAACCCUAAAUUCCAGAGAGAAAGCAACACUCUGCGAUUCGAUCUUCACCGGCCACAUUUUCGAUGGCGAAGAGAAAGCGCGGCCGGUUCGUCGGGUUCGGGUUCUGUUAUUGCGUUGCGACGCUUUUGAUUCACGCCACGGUUUCGUCUGCGGUGAGAUCCGAUAAGGAAAUGAGGGAGAGGUUCUACGGCACUAUGGUGAACUCCUCCGCGCCGGAGAGCAACGACGGCACCAUCGCCAAAAUGUUCGAUCGGGUUCUCGAGAAGGAGUUCUCCGAUAACGAUCAGCCCGAAGGAUCUGAUAAAAGCAGCUUUAACAGUAGUGUGGCUGAUCAACAAGCGGUACUGGAGACUGUAGCUAAGAUCACUCAUGAGAAGGGAAAUAAGAAUGAUACUCAGGAGAAUAACGGCACAAAAUCUUAUCAGUUUCAAGGUGUUUUCUCACUUGAGAAUGAAGACUCUGAGGAAACAACAACCUUGAUUGACAAAAAGGACAACGUGUUCGUGAUGUCGAACAAGAAAUCCAAAUAUCCAGUACUUCAAGUAGAUUUGAGGUUAAUUUCUGAUCUGGUGGUUAUCAUAGUUUCUGCAGCCAUUGGAGGAAUUGUGUUUUCUUGUUUGGGGCAACCAGUGAUUGUGGGGUAUCUUCUUGCGGGGUCUCUCAUUGGACCUGGGGGUCUCAUGUUCAUCAGUGAAAUGGUUCAGGUAGAAACUGUUGCACAGUUUGGUGUUGUAUUUCUUCUUUUUGCUUUAGGGUUGGAGUUUUCUUUGGCUAAGUUGAAAGUUGUUGGCCCCGUAGCUGUUCUUGGAGGGCUUCUUCAAAUCUUAACAUUUAUGUUCUUGUGUGGCAUAAUUGCCGGGCUGUGUGGAGCAAAGUUGUCUGAGGGAAUUUUUGUUGGCUCCUUCCUCUCAAUGUCAUCAACAGCGGUGGUGGUGAAAUUUCUAGCAGAAAGGAACAGUAAUAGUUCUCUGCAUGGUCAAGUUACAAUUGGGACGUUAAUAUUCCAGGAUUGUGCUGUUGGUUUACUGUUUGCUUUGCUCCCAGUUUUGGGCGGCCAUAGUGGUGUUUUCCAGGGGAUGGUUUCAGUGGGGAAGUUGGUGCUAGUCCUAUCAUUAUAUCUUGUCGCUUCAUCUGUAUUGUGUUGGUCGUUUGUUCCUCGCUUUCUGAAACUGAUGAUGAAGUUGUCCUCUCAACAGACAAAUGAGCUUUAUCAACUGGCUGUUGUGGCUUUCUGCUUGUUAUCUGCAUGGAGCAGCGAUAAGCUGGGCCUUAGCCUUGAGUUGGGUUCAUUUGUGGCCGGGAUUAUGAUAUCAACCACUGACUUUGCACAACAUACUUUAGAUCAGGUGGAGCCAAUUCGUAACUUAUUUGCAGCUCUCUUCCUUUCAAGCAUUGGAAUGCUGAUACAUGUACAUUUCCUGUGGAGCCACGUGGACAUACUUCUUGCGUCUGUUAUUCUAGUUAUAGUUGUAAAGACUGCUGUUGUUACUAUAGUUACUAAGGCCUUUGGAUACAGCUUCAGAACAUCAUUUAUGGUUGGAGUCUCACUUGCUCAAAUUGGAGAAUUUGCUUUUGUUCUUUUAAGUCGGGCCUCCAACCUUCAUCUAAUUGAGGGGAAGAUGUACCUGCUUCUUCUCGGAACAACAGCACUUAGCCUGGUUACGACUCCUCUCUUGUUUAAGAUGACUCCUGCCAUAAUGAAUUUGGGAGUUCUUAUGCACUGGUUUCCUGCUGAAGUUACUAUAAUACAUAAUGAGGUCUCUAUCUUUCCUCCUCUCUGAGCACAUAUAUGCAUGGUGACACACACUUGCAAGGACGGAGAAAGUUUCGAUGAUUGAAGCACACAACAGAAUAUUGUGACCUCUUCCGCCUAUCAAGUGUCUGAUUGUAACUUCACGACUCAGCUGUAUGAUGUGGGAAUAUCAGGUUUGGAAUUCACUGGCAAUUCUAUAAACCAUGCAGAUGACAGAUUUCCCGAUAUUAAGUUAUCUUGGAGUUAUCAUUCUUGGAGUAUAGCGUUGCAUGGCUCUUGUUUUGUACUCUUUGAGCAGCUUGUAAAUAGGAUUCUAUCUAGGGAUCUUCUUCAAGUGUUAUAGAUAGUUUAUUUGAAGAGGGUUACAGCAUAUACUAGAGUUAUGAAAUUGUAUCCACGAAAGAUUGGAACUUCAGAAUCAAAUUUUGAUGGAUAAUUAAUACCAAUCACUGUUCAGUGUUCAUUUGCAGCAUCAUUGUUACGGCUCU